GUCAAACGGAUUGUACGCCCCACUGACGUCCCGGACACCGGUUUGAUCUGCGACCUGUUGUGGGCAGACCCUGACAAGGACAUUGCCGGAUGGGCUGAGAACGAUCGUGGCGUCUCUUUCAUUUUCGGCCCGGAUGUUGUCACAAGCUUCCUUCAGAAACACGACAUGGACCUGGUGUGCCGGGCCCACCAGGUCGUUGAAGAUGGUUAUGAGUUCUUCGCAAAGCGCCAGCUCAUCACGCUAUUCAGUGCGCCCAACUACUGUGGGGAGUUCGACAAUGCCGGUGCCAUGAUGUCCAUCGAUGAGACGCUGAUGUGCAGCUUCAAGGUGUUGAAGCCU